GUGGGUGGAAUAUGGCGUCAUUCGUGUGAUUUUGAUUUAAUCGUGGUAGCGAUUCCAAAUCAGUAGCUGCCACAUCGCGAACUGGACGGACGCGACCAGAAAAGUACAUAUCCGCAGUAAUGUCCACUGCGUCAGAAUCCGCCAGGGCGGGCCUGGGCAAUGCCGCCAGCAUGGCGAAUCUUGCCAAGAUUGUCAAUCUCAUCGAAUCGAACGUGAAGAGCGAGGAUGUGGAGGUGCUUGAGGAAGCGGUCAGGGGAUCAACCGGAACCGGAAGUGGCAGCAGCGUCCGCUUGGCCAGCAGCAGUGCCCCGCGUAGAAGUGCCUGUGCCACAUCGUAUGUCCCCAAGUCACCGCAGCUGGAGGAGAUUGUGUUCGCAGAGCCCACGUAUACCGAGCGAUUUGCCCGAUACUUUGUGAUCGUGAUCUAUUUGUGCGGGCUCUGCAGCCUGGGAUUCUUUCUGUCCAUCUACCACAUCUUCUUCUGGGAUUCACGCAUGCCACCCGUUUACAAGGGCCAGAAGAAGGGGCCUGCCUUCGGCUAGAGCUGCCUGGUUAACACAUCCACUUCAUUCACCGAAAUAUUUCCCAACUUAGUGAAAUUUCAUUUGAUUUUUGAUAAAAUUGUGAUACCCGAGAAAAUAGCCAUUCGCCUCCUGAACUCAUCGGAAGUGACCGCGGAGCAGUUCUACAAGCACAUCCUCGAGCAGUACCGCAUCCUCAGCCACAUGCAACAGCAGCGCCAGCAACUGCUGCAGCGCCAACAUCUCCAACUGCAGCAGCUGGAGGCAAACAAUCGCUUCCAGGAGGUCUUUGCCACGGCCACCAUCAUUCAGGCACAUCCGCAUCCCCAUCCACAUCCCAGGGAGCCGCCCAAGAAGCCGCUUUUAGGACCAUAUAGCCCGCAACCCGGCAACAUAAGUCACGCUAUGGGUGGUGAUCAGUUGGAUGCAGAAACGGAGCAGGGUCACAUGCCUCUAAUCCUGGAUACCUCACCGCCGGUCGAAGUAACCGGAAUGGGUCACCUGAAGCGGAAGACACAUCGCGGUCACUACAAACAUCAUAGAGCCCGAGCCGGUGGUCAAAAGAAACUGUCCAUUGCCAAUUCGAUGGCCAGCUCCACGCCGAGCACCACAGCCGGAGGAGAUGCGUCAAUGGCCACUGCGGCCACUUUGCCACAUGGUUAUAUGGACGCUCCACUAAAUCCGGCGGCAGGAACCAUUGUCCAGGCACCACAACUGCAGCUAUACACCUCGAUGCCCAUUCCACUGAUCCUGAGUCCCAGCGACGAAAAGCGUCCUUCGCACCACGCCCACGGACAUGUCCAUGGCGAGAGGCGGAACGGGGCGCAAUCCGGCGGCCGGCGAAGGACCACGACGGCAUCGGUUUCUGGCUACGAGGCGCAGACCUACCUCAAUCCGUUUCUCACCGGCGAGCUGAUCUUCGAGAAGUAAGGGACUGCACCCAGAUCAGGAAACGUCGCGGUUCAUUGUUUUUUUUUUUUUUUUUUUUUAAUGCAUGUAGAGGGAUAUACACUACAGUCAAGAUCGGAAUUGGAGAUUAGCUCAUAGAAAUGGUAACUGCCCAAGAAAC